AUGUCUAUCUCGAGACCAGAGUUUAGGAUCUUGUCAAAGUCCUUGUGCUUGAUCUCCCAUCCUAGCCGCUUGCCCGUUAGCCAGGUGAUCGCCUGGUCGCAAUAUCCCAAGAUAUCGAUGUCAAACUCGGCAUGGUUGAUUGGAUCUUUAUUGAUCAGGAUCUGUGGCACAGAGUUUGGAACAAGAUUCACAAUCUCACUCACAGGAGCAACUUUCAGCGACGUUCCAAUGCAGAUCAGCAAAUCACACUUGUCGAUGUCGGUCUUGAUUGUGCUAUGGAACAAUUCGGGCAGAUCUUCUCCAAAAAAUGUGAUAUCUGGCUUCAUCACCCCAAAAGAAUUGGCAUACUCGUAUCGACGCGAAUAG